GACUAGGUCGAAAUUGGAAUAAUCACAGUCAAAAUACACCCAGAUGCUCUCACACACCCAGACGUGCGUGCAUCCUUGGGCCACGGGGAGCACGUGAACCCACACUCCGCACACCCAGCCCUGCCUCUAGCCAGAGCAUCCUCAGCAGCUGCCACAGAAACAGCCUCCUCCUUCUCUUCCUCCUCCUCCUUCCACAGACACUGCCGCCGCUGCUGCUGCCGCUGCUGUGGUGCCUAUCCCCUCUCAGCCUUCUUCCUCCCUCAAUUCCUGCUCCUCCUCCUAUUCCCCUUGAUCCUCCUGCCCCGCGGCGAAAAGCAGAACCUUCAGAAACAGCUUCCCUUCUCUCGUGCCAGGAAGAAGAGGUUGGAACAGCCCAGUAUUCCAGCCUAUCUGAACUCACUUUGAAUCUCAAUUUUGUUCUUCAACGUAUUUGACACUCUGCCAGCUUUGAGUCAUCUUCAGACGUGGUUUCCCCUAAGAAAUUGAAGAAAAGUCCUGGCAUCUUCUGACAGCCAUUGUGCCCAGCACUGAGUCCAUCAGAGCUGACCAGCCCGCCUGGCCCCUUCUCAUGGGCAGCAGUCACCUGUGCUGAAGUCCUGCAGCGGUGGCAUUGUGAGGAACUCUGAAAUCAGCUGCAACUGAAAAUGUCUGACAGCUUGGAUAAUGAAGAAAAACCCCCAGCUCCCCCACUGAGGAUGAAUAGUAACAACCGGGAUUCUUCAGCACUGAACCACAGCUCCAAACCUCUCCCCAUGGCCCCUGAGGAGAAGAAUAAGAAAGCCAGGCUUCGCUCUAUCUUCCCAGGAGGAGGGGAUAAAACCAAUAAGAAGAAAGAGAAAGAACGCCCAGAGAUCUCUCUUCCUUCAGACUUUGAGCAUACGAUUCAUGUGGGGUUUGAUGCAGUCACCGGGGAAUUCACUCCAGAUCUCUAUGGCUCACAGAUGUGCCCAGGGAAGCUCCCAGAGGGAAUUCCUGAGCAAUGGGCACGAUUACUCCAAACCUCCAACAUAACAAAGCUGGAACAGAAGAAGAACCCACAAGCUGUUUUAGAUGUCCUCAAAUUCUAUGAUUCCAAAGAAACAGUCAACAACCAGAAAUACAUGAGCUUUACAUCAGGAGAUAAAAGUGCACAUGGAUACAUAGCAGCACAUCCCUCGAGUACAAAAACAGCUUCUGAGCCUCCUUUGGCUCCCCCUGUAUCUGAAGAAGAGGAUGAAGAGGAGGAGGAGGAAGAAGAUGACAAUGAGCCCCCACCUGUCAUUGCACCAAGACCAGAGCAUACAAAAUCAAUCUAUACACGUUCUGUGGUUGAAUCUAUUGCUGCGCCAGCAGCACCAAAUAAAGAAGUCACCCCACCAUCUGCUGAGAAUGCUAAUUCCAGCACUUUGUAUAGGAAUACAGAUCGGCAAAGGAAAAAAUCCAAGAUGACAGAUGAGGAGAUCCUAGAGAAGCUAAGGAGCAUUGUGAGUGUUGGAGACCCAAAGAAAAAGUAUACAAGAUUUGAAAAAAUUGGUCAAGGGGCAUCAGGUACUGUCUAUACAGCACUAGACAUUGCAACAGGACAGGAGGUGGCCAUAAAGCAGAUGAACCUUCAACAACAGCCCAAAAAAGAAUUAAUUAUUAAUGAAAUCCUGGUCAUGAGGGAAAAUAAGAACCCCAAUAUUGUUAACUAUUUAGAUAGCUACUUAGUGGGUGAUGAACUAUGGGUAGUCAUGGAAUAUUUGGCUGGUGGCUCUUUGACUGAUGUGGUAACAGAGACCUGUAUGGAUGAAGGACAGAUAGCAGCCGUCUGCAGAGAGUGCCUCCAAGCUUUGGAUUUCUUGCACUCAAACCAGGUGAUCCAUAGAGACAUAAAGAGUGACAAUAUUCUCCUUGGGAUGGAUGGUUCUGUUAAAUUGACUGAUUUUGGCUUCUGUGCCCAGAUCACUCCUGAGCAAAGUAAACGAAGCACCAUGGUGGGAACUCCCUACUGGAUGGCACCUGAGGUGGUGACUCGAAAAGCUUAUGGUCCAAAAGUUGAUAUCUGGUCUCUGGGAAUCAUGGCAAUUGAAAUGGUAGAAGGUGAACCACCUUACCUUAAUGAAAAUCCACUCAGGGCAUUAUAUCUGAUAGCCACUAAUGGAACCCCAGAGCUCCAGAAUCCUGAGAGACUGUCAGCUGUAUUCCGUGACUUUUUAAAUCGUUGUCUUGAGAUGGAUGUGGAUAGGCGAGGAUCUGCCAAGGAGCUUUUGCAGCAUCCCUUUUUAAAAUUAGCCAAGCCCCUCUCCAGCCUCACCCCUCUCAUCAUUGCUGCAAAGGAAGCGAUUAAGAACAGCAGCCGCUAGAACUGCAAGCCUUACCCUUCAUCUCCCCGAUGAGUAGGACUGUAAUAAAACUCUGCUGCAGAAAACGUAGAAGAAAUGACAGUCAAUGGGGUGGGGGUUCCUUAACUUUCAAAUAACUAGAAACUUCUUAUAAGCCUUUUUCCUACUCCCUCAGAUUAUGUAAUUUAUUUGUAAGCCUGAAUCGCAGCCCACACAGGGCAGCAAUGUCGAAGUGACCAGCAAGUGGUCACUUCCACCGUGAAGCGAAAGAGCCAGUAGUGAAUCCCCUCAUUUUGUGCGUUCACUUUGAAGAAAAAGAUUUCUCAAAGAUGCACACUCCCUCUUCAUAGUGUUGUGUUUGUUUUUAAGUUAGAGAGUAGUCCCUCUUGCAUUCGAACCUCCUUCAAAACCCCCUACCUAAUGUGAUGUUUUUCACUUGCAUUGUCAUUAGAUGUCCAGAGAAAAAGAUGUCAAAAUGUUUUUUUUAAAAAAAGAAAGCAAAAAAGCAAAGAAAAACAAAACAAAUAAACAAAAAACAAAGAAAAAAUAGAACAAGUAUUGUGUGAAGCUGUGGAAGUCCAUGCCCUAAUAGAGUUGCAAUUCUUUUAUUCUUCUUCUAUAGUGGUGGCUUGGUUUGUGUACCUGUUUUUCUGCAUUUGUAUUGGAAAAGGUUUCCUUUAAGACAUUUUCCAAAAGCAGAGAGGAAUAUGAGUGUUCAGGAGGGACUUUGACAAACUGUAUCUAAAUAAAGUGCUAAUUGUGAAAUCCUGUCACAUUUUAACAAGGAUGCUUAAGUGGUAGCUAAUUUGUCCUGUAAACCAGCUCGUUGGUCUUCUGAUACCAGAAUAAGGUCACAUUGAAAUUGUAGCUGCCCUGUUGGAUAAGUCCAGGUCCUAAAUUUAGGAUAUCCAGAUAGAAAAAAAAAUACACCCUACUUAAACAAAAAUGGGACUUUCUCCAAGAGCCAAAAGGAAAACAAGAUACAUAUAUAAUACAGAAAUCCUGUUGAUCAUUAAGUAGGAGAAAAUAAGAUAAUGAAUUUAAUCCUCUCCUGUGCUCCUGGAACACACGCAUUGUAAAAUAGGCAUAUUGUGAGAAAAUAGAUCCAUUAACCAAUGUUCUUCAUGAUCAAAAUUAUUGAUUUUGACAAUUUGUAACUCUUGGCAUUUUUUAAUGAACAUCAGGAGAAGAUAUAGUAAUCAUUCAACUCUGUAAGAAAUGGGAGGUCAGUGGAACCUGAAUCCAAGUGAACAUUUGACUCUAGACCCUUGUUCCUGUUUUUCCUGUAUAUGACCAAUCUCUUUUUCAGGAUAUGUUGUAUUCAUACUGAGUUACUUGGGCUUUUAACUUUUAAAAAUGUUGAAAAUUGUCCUUGAAAAUAAUUUUGAUUUGCAAUAAAAUACACCAAGAAAUAUCAGUCCAACUGAAAUCCUUUGUGGCUUGAGGAAAAUUCCAAAAUUUAACUAUUAUUUUACCAUAUUUCUAUUUAUUAAAACCUCAUUAGUUAGUACUUUCUGAAUCUUCUGAGAGUAGAAAAAUAUCUGGAAGGUGUCUGCAUGAGUGUAUAGUCAGUCUUAUAAAUUCUGGAAAUUUGUUUCUCUAAGCCUUUAAAGUGCUAACAACCUAUGCUAUAAAAUAUUUCUUAAUUUUUAGAAAUAAAGAAUCUGAAUAGAGCUUAUCUACAGUCAGUGAGAAGAGAAAGAGACUGAUAACAUUGGUCUCUCUCCUCUGUGAGGUACAUCUAGUCAUCAAACCAUCCAUCCUUUCCUUCAAAUGAAAGCACUUUCUUUAGAGUUUCUGCUAACUGUAUAGUACAUAUGUGUAUGUUUAAAAGAUGAUAGCACCAGUGGAUUUCAUAUUUUCCUACAUUAUAAAAUAUGGGAGGGUCUUUCCCCUUCCCUACAAAUAUCCACGGUGGGAUAAAACAAUGUGAAAAGAAAAUUAAAUAACAAUCUUAAUUGCAAGAUUACUUUGCAAAAAGGUGUCUGGACCUAAAAUUUUAAAUGUUACAUUUCUCUCUUAACGAGAAAGAGAAGGAGAGGGUCUUAAUUUUUAUUUUACUUUAAAUUAUAUUUUUCAUUCAUACCACCAGGGAAUUUCACAAAAUACCUGUAAUGCAAAUAGAAUUCAACAGUUUGAUGGCUAUCCUCUGCCAGCAGAGAGAGACCAAAUCCUGGUUGGGAAGUCCUAGUCAUGAGUUAGCAUCUUUUGCAUGUAGUAAAGGCUUUUUGUUGUUAUUUUGAAGACCCUGGAGCAAUGAUGCUUCAGAUCACUGUAGGCAGAGAAAUGGCUGCUCUUUAUGUUUUUGGCUCAAGGCGUUAAGAGUAAAGAGCCAGGUACUUUAUUUUUUAACCAAAAUUUAAUGAUAAUAUUUCCCAGUAGGCAUUGCUCUCACAUUUUCAAAUGAGAACAGCUUCUAAAGCCCCUUCCCCAUGUUGGAAAGUUAUGUAUAUUUCUAAUAAGUAUUAGAGAGAAACUGUUUCUCAUGCCAAAAUGAUGCUGAAGGAUUCAUAUUUGGUAUACUCAAACAACUUGAAUUCCAGAUGAUUACCAAUUAUUUCCCCCUCCCUGAAUUUUUUUAAGCUCAUCUUAACACAGGUGAGUCUAUCCAGAUCUUUACCAUUGCAAGUAUGCCCUGAGACAGUUGAGGGCACAUUGUCCAAUGUUGAUUCCAAAAUGUCCUGAGGUAGGAAUAGGGCGGUGGGAAAGUCAGGGAAGGGUGAGAAGCACAGUAGAGAUUAUUUAUUUAAGAAAGAAUAGAACAUUAAUAUUGUAGCAAGGAUCCGGUACGUUGUCAUAAUCCCAAGAGGAUUUUGGGAUGGCACGAUCCCCUCAAAUCAGUCACCAUGUUGGGUAAUGACUUCGUUCUUGCUGAUCUUGUCUAUGUGUCAUUGUAAAUAUUUGUGCGUCCAUGCUCCAUUUUGGCUACUGGAUGGCCAAGUCCCAUGAAAAGAUUUAACUCAAGUAUUUAUUCUUCAAUUGUGUUAUCCAGAUUUCUUUCAGUCUUGUGAAUUGUCCCCUGAUGUUUGAGUUUAACCACCUAAUCCUCACAUCUAUCUCUCCCUUGUGAAGCACAUUCCAUUGCUAAAAGAAAAGAAAUAUAAAAUUGCUUCCUGUUUUCUGUAUAACUGUUGUAAUAGUUUGAGAUGUUUGUCUAUAAAGGAUAUUUCUCAGCUCAAAGAUCAUGUAAAUAUUUAUAUUCCUUUGCUCAGUGGCUUGUUUAUUUCUAAUGAGGCUGCCAGUUGUCAGAGAGAUUCUAUAAAUUCACAUUUAAAUAACAUAAACAGGGAUUACAACUAUGUAAAAAUAAGUGUGCAUAUGCACAAAGACUGUGAACACAUAUAAUUGAAAUCAGUUGUGUUAGGGUGGUGGGAUUAUGUGAAAAUUUUCUUUCAGGAAUUUUCUUUGAUGUUAUUACUUUACAAUGAAUAAACAACAGAAAGGAAACUAUAGAAACAUAGAAAAGAUGCCAGAAGCAGAUGCCUUUUGGCCAGAGCCCAGAGCAUGCAGGGCACAGAUAUUUGCUAGUUACAAUUAUUUUAUAGUCUUUAUGCUUGCCUGGGUGCUGAGGUUGGCACAUGCUCAGGUAUGGCACAUGCUUUCUUAGGAGGCUAUUAUAUAAGUCAAAGUUAAGGAGAUGUCACUGCUGGAACUCCAAAUGCAUUCUGCUAUGGAACAGGUUGCCCUUGGCUUUGGUAUGGCAUCCAGGUGUCUACUUUGGUUGCUUUAGAUUGGAGGGGUUACAAUUUGGUUAGCCCCCUUGAUAGCAGUUGUUUCAGGUGACAUCUUUCUGGAUUGUUUUCCAAAGACUUUCAGGUUCAAUUUUGGAGGAAUACAAGGAUAAAAUACCCAGCUACCAGCAUUUCCUUGUAUAACAAGAAUGAAUAUCAUUCACAUAGGAUUCUUCUUAACCUGUAGACAAAUCCCAUUGAUUUCAAUGGGAAUUACCACUUACUAACUUACCUAAUUCUGAAAUUAUUAAGACAAAUAUUUAGUAUCACCCCUGUUGGCAUUAAGUAUCAGUCUUAUUAUUUUUGGCUUGGGAUGGUCUCCUUGUGCUUUAGUACUGCAUAAUUAUAAGUUUUAGGCCGUGGUUGUGGUUUUCAAGAGAAAGGGAGACCAGCCACCAAAAGAGAAGAAUUUCCUUCUAACUCACCAAAGAAAUUUUAGCUGAGGACUUUAAUAAUGCAUGUUACACAAUGUCAUCAAAAGCAGACCCUAGCUCUAGGAAACUCAUAGACUGUUCAUUAAACAUUAUUAAUAUUUAUGGAAGUCUUAACCCUGCCAUCCCAGUUGAAUGCUGAGGUCCUUUACUGAGCUAUUGGCAGUUAAUAUUCACGUAAACAAAUGAAUGGCCAGUGGUGUAAACACCUCCCAGUCUUGGAACAAGAGGACAGCAUUUGUAAACUAACAGCCUAAUGGGCCUGUGAUUUGGAAUGACCUUAACACACAAUUCUGAACAUAUAUUUGCAUGUGGAUUGGGAAGGAAAAAAAUAGGGCCUUGGAAAUAAUGGAAAUAUUUUUCCUAUGAAAGUUUUUCAUAAAAGAUUUAUUUCUGUAAUUGUUCUGUUGGUUAGUUCUCAGUUUUCCCACUCCUUUUCUGGUACACACUCCUUUGGUGACCAAAUAUAUCUAAGUAAACUUCUCAUGCAUGGGAAUGUCUGCUACAAACGUGGGAACUGAGCUAUCACCAUGUGCACACCUCUGACCACAGAUACAACUUGUGGCACUGACUGCUACUUAAUUUCAUUGAACUUGUUAAGAACUUAGAAAAUCUGAUUAGUGCCAUCAGAAUCUUCUUCAGAAGCUGCCAUCAGGUGAAUGCUGUUAUGUAAUACCAACAGCAAGACAAGUACUAUGUUCCCCUGAUUGAGUAGCUAGGAAGAAAUUGACAGUAAUACCAGAAAAUGAGUAAGUUAUAGUAGAAGGAAUCCUAGCCAGGAAAGAGACCUGGCUUCGAAUACGAACAUUUUGCCUAACUUGCUGUGUGACCCUGGAUAAAUCACUUAAAUUUUCCAUAGCUAUUUCUUCAUCUGCAAAUUAAAGUUAUUGGACUAACUGCUCUUCAAGGUCUUUCUGAAAGCUGUGACAUCAUGUGGUGUAAUAGGUUGCCUUGCAAAUUCAACCUGCCAAAGUGAUGGCAAAUAUCACUUGCUUAAGCCUGGCUCUCUUAUAUUGCAGUUAAAUAGAACUGUGUGAGAUGGAAAAACAAGUAAAUGAAUUUAACAAUGCUAGGGAAUGUUGAUGAAACUGGUGGCAACCUUCUAAUUUAUUCACAAUGUUUUGUUUUAAUUUUAAUGUCUUUCUGCUCAGUGUUCCCAGUUUUCAUUUUCUAUACACUGUGUUCGUGAAGUCUGGUUUCCAUUAAGCUGUGGCUAGCAUUUGCUACUAGAGCAGAAGUAUACUGUCACAUUUGCUAUAAUAGAACUUUACUUGGACCGCUCCUUUCCUAUGAAGCAGUGCUGGGCCUUAGAGAGUUAAAGCAGAAAUGGCACAAGAUGGCAGAACCCAAGCAUUUUAAUGGGUGAAACUACAAAGAGUGGACCUAAGAACUUACAAGCUGCAGAGAGAGAAAUGAAAAAGUAAUUGCAUGCUUUUAUCUGACAAAUUAACUGUUGGGG